UGCCCGGUUGUGGUUCCUCGUGACUUCGGCUUCACAAAAUGAAAAGGGCCGAGCUCGAAUUCCAAACGAGAGAAGGUCAAGUCUCCCUGGGGAGAUUGUACAGUUUCUGUACUGUAAUUGAAUGGGUCUUGGGUUGGGUCUCCAAAGCUCACACUUCCAACACCAUCCCUUCUUCUUGUUCCAGGCUUCCCAAUAUUAAUUUACGCACGUUAUAGAGGACAAUCCUUUAUCCUUCUCACAUCUUGGGGCUCAAGCUUAAUUUCCUCUGGUAUGUAUGACUCUGCAGCUGUUCUCUUCCAUUUUCUUGAGGUCGAGGUGUUCUUUUGCUAUUUAGCUGUUGCUCUGCCGGUUAGUCUAGAGGUGCAAGAAAUAAAAAGUGGCGAUUUUUACGGACAUUGCUAAGAGCUGAUAAAUUACUUCAGAAAUGUUGAAGAUGGGCUGGCUUGUCUUCAACCUCUUCCUUCUCUGUUUUCUGGGUCUUACUGGUGCAGGUCAAGAAACUAUUCAAAUUUUUAACCUCUAUGAUGCAACUCCAGGGGUUCUUCAAGCAAUGUCUCAGGCAGUUCAUCCCUUAGCUGUUUCUUUGAGUGCUGAAUAUCUCAAUGGAGUUUCUAGCAGUGUUUUAGUGGCUGAGAGUUGGCUUAGGAACCAUGUUCUAGUUCAUUUUUCUGCUAUCAAUAUCAGCACCAUUGUUGUGGGUAACGCUCUUCAAUGCCAAAAUGGCCAAAAUCCCAACUGGAGUAUGGUUCUACCAUCUCUUAAGACAAUCUAUUACUCCCUUACUAGGUGGGGUUUGGAGAGAGAGAUAAAAGUUUCUGCUGGCUUUUCUCCUACCUGUCUUGACCCAAAUUCUGAACUUUUUACACAUGAUUUAGCUGAGAAAGUUACUAAACCUCUAGUAUGGUUUCUCCAUGGUAUAAACUCUACCUGCUCUAUAAACCUGCCACCGAAUUUCUCUCCUUUAUCAGAUGAAACUGUGAGCUUGGUGUCUUCUCUCUCAAAAUUACUAAAAAAUCUUGGAUCCGUUGAACUUGACAAUAUCAAUGUGAUGGUUACUGACCCAAAACAGCAUGUACCCACGAACAGGAAACUCUCAACCUUUGAAUCCAAGAUUGUGAACUCAUACCCAGCAAGACCAACUCCAUUACCAGAAUCGUCACAAACCCCCAUCUACUCCUCAAUUGUCUCUGCCCCUUCCAAUGUAGCCAAAAACCCUCAUCGCCCACUGCCCCAUGUUGUUUCACCACCAUUGUCUCUCCCUCGUGCCUUUCCGCCACCAUUAUCCUUCCCUCUUGCCUCUCCGCCGCCAGUGGCCUUCCCUUUUGCACCAGAACAGCCUCCUCUCACGGGUCCAGCCACAGCACCUUAUGUUUAUUCAUUACCUCCCUGUAAUCCAGCUGACACAAUAGCACCAGUACCAGAGGCAGGGGUGGUGCAGGAGCUGUGGUGUGUAGCUAAACCUAGUGUUCCUGCAGAGUAUUUGCAAGAGGCAAUGGACUACGCUUGUGGUGAUGGUGGUGCUGAUUGUACAGAGAUUAUGCCUCAUGGUAGCUGUUUCUAUCCUGAUACUGUUGUUGCUCAUGCUUCUUACGCUUUCAACAGCUACUUUCAAAAGACUAAGAGAAAUGGAGGUACAUGCAACUUUGGAGGGACUGCCAUGCUCAUCACUUCUGACCCAAGUUUUCUUCACUGUCGGUUUCUUCUCAGCUAGGCGCAGCAAUGGAAGAUCGGUUUGUUUUAGCACAAGUAGGAAUAGGAUUGGCAGAGUAUAAUUGCAAGCUGAAUUUAUCUAAUAUGCUGUGAUUAACCUAGCAGAUGGCAUGUAGGAAAUGGUUCCUGAGGAAAUUUUGUUUUCCUAACCAUUGGAGUCUUUUGGUGCACAGAAAUGGAAUUGCUCUUUUGACAUGUAUGCUAGAACUGGAUAAGAUAAAAUCCUGUCACUUCCAAUCUAUUGGACAUCGCUUAUCUA